CGGAAGGAUAAACUCUAGUGGUACUCCGUACUACUGUUUUCCAGGUAGAAAACAUUUGGGCGGAAUUGGGACGCGGAAGGAGGAGGCAGCCAUGUCGGCAGCGGCGGGGAAGCCGAUCCUGUACAGCAAAUGGUUCAGCUCCUGCUCGCACCGGGUUCGGAUCGCCCUUAACCUCAAAGGUGUGGAUUUCGAGUACAGAGCGACCAACCCGAUGACAGAUCCAGAUUAUGAGAAAAUCAACCCUGUUAAGUAUGUCCCAGCAUUAGUAGAUGGGGAUUUUGUUGUUUCCGACUCGUUCGCCAUCAUUUUGUAUAUGGAAGACAAGUAUCCGCAGUGUCCUCUCUUACCCCGAGAUCUGAAAAAGAAAGCUCUUAAUUUGCAGAUUGCAAGCAUAGUGUGUUCAAGCAUCCAGCCUCUUCAGAGCUAUGCUGUCAUUCGUUCAUUUCAUGGCACAAUGGACGCCAACGAGAGCCUGGAGAUGGUUGAACAUUAUAUUGACAAAGGCUUCAGAGCGAUUGAGAAACUUCUGGAAGGAUGUGACAGUAAAUAUGCUACCGGAGAUGAAGUCCAAAUGGGAGAUGUGUUUCUAGCGCCCCAGAUCCACGCUGGUGUGACACGCUUCCAAAUUGACAUGUCAAAGUACCCUAUUUUGGCAAGGCUUCAAGAUGCUUACAAUGAGCAUCCUGCAUUUCAAGCCGCACUUCCUGCGAACCAACCAGAUGCUCCUCCAUCCUAGUAAAGUAAUCAGGACUUCGAUGACUGAUCUUGGGGUGAUUUCAAUAACAGGUUGUAAGAUGUCUCAGCCUUCGAUUGAGAUUCUAUGAUGUGACUUCAGAGUUAGAUGCUCAUGUAAGCAAAGACGACCCCUGGAUUUGCUUGACGGCUGCUGUAAAAGUGAAUAAAUGCAGUUUAUCAUAUGCGCUCCUGUAUGUGAAAUUCUAGUAUCAAGAAAGAGAGGAAAAGAAAGAAGACGGGUUAGACAUUGCCCUGUUGUUAAGCCGAAAGAGACAUCAUUGGUUAACGUAUCAUUUUGGCCUUA